AUGUCUAUCCCUGUUGUGCGACGCCGAACGAAUAGUGUCACUGCCGCUGAUGUUGCGAUCCAUGAUGAGGAUAAGCUGGCCGAGUUGGGGUAUAAGCAGGAGUUGAAUCGGAGCUGGAGCGCGUUGCAUAAUUUUGGGGUGUCGUUUUCGAUUAUUAGUGUCGUCACGGGUAUCACGACUCUCUUCUCCUAUGGAUUGACCGUCGGUGGCCCUGCCGUCAUGAGCGUGGGCUGGAUCAUCGUAACCUUCAUGACCAUCUUCGUCGGGCUGGGCAUGGCCGAAAUCGUCUCCGCCAUCCCCACCAGCGGCGGGCCCUACUUCUGGUCCGCCAUCCUGGCACCCCCCUCGCAAGCCCCCUUCUGGUCCUGGAUGACGGGCUGGUUCAACCUACUCGGCCAAGUCGCCGUGACCACGGGCAUCACCUUCGGCUGCGCAGGUCUCAUCUCGACACUCGCCUCCAUCAACGGCACCUACACGCCAACGGCCGGGCGCACCAUCGGCAUCUACGCCGCGCUGCUCGUAUCCCACGGCACCGUCAACACCUUCGGCGUCAGCGUGCUGCGCUACCUCAACAACUCCUCCAUCAUCCUGCACUCGCUCGGCGUGUCCGCCAUCGCCAUCGCUGUGCUGGCCAAAGCGCCGCACCACCAGCCCGCGUCUUUCGUCUUCCAGAAGUUCUACGACGGCACCGGCGACCCCGGGUGGAGCGUGCGCGCCUCGCCCGCCUACGUCGCCGCCUGCGGCGUGCUGAUGUCGCAGUACACCAUCACCGGCUUCGACGCGUCGGCGCACCUCUCCGAGGAAACCAAGAAAGCGGAGUGGAGCGCGCCCAUGGGCGUGCUGACGUCCAUCAUCGUGUCGGGCAUCUUCGGCUUCUUCUACCUGCUCGCGCUGCUCUUCAGCAUCCAGGACUUCGACAGCACCGUCGACUCGGCCGUCGGGCAGCCGGUGCUGCAGAUCUUCAUCGACGUGUUCGGCACCAACGGCGCCAUCGUGCUCAUGACGCUGAUCAUCGUGUGCGUGUGGCACUGCGGCCUGUUCUCCCUGACGAGCAACUCGCGCAUGAUGUUCGGGUUUGCGCGCGACGGCGGCUUGCCGCACUUCUUCCACGACGUCGACGUGCGGUUCAAGAGCCCCGUGCGCACCGUGUGGCUCGCUGCGUUCCUUGCCUUCUUGCUCGCGAUCCCGUCGCUUGGUUCCUCCGUCGCGUUCGCGGCCGCGACGUCCAUCGCGACCAUCGGGCUGUAUAUCUCCUACGGCCUGCCGAUCCUCAUCGGGGCGCUCUGGCCCGGGAAUUUCGCGAAGGGCCCGUUUAACCUGGGGGUUGCGAGCAGGCCUGUGGCGGCGGUCGCGGUGCUCUGGAUCUGCUUUAUCAGUAUUAUCUUUUGCUUGCCGACGGCGAAUCCGGUCACCAGCCAGACGCUGAAUUAUACGCCGGUGGCGGUGGGGAUUAUUCUGUUUUUUUCGUUGGGGAGCUGGUUUGUGUGGGCGCGGAAGUGGUUUACCGGGCCGAUUAAGAAUGUGGAUGGCCGGGUCGUGAUUGAGACGCAGGAGGAUCCGGUGGCGGUUGCCGAGGGGCGGGUGGAGAAGUUUUAG